UCAGUGUGCAGUGAAUGUGUUAAUAGUAUUGAACAGCGGUGCUUAUGUGUUGUGUAACAGUUUGGAUUGUGGCUCAGAGCUCCUCCUGCGUCCAUUCAACUGGGUCGCAUUGCUUGGGGGAUGGGGGUUCUGCUGGAGGCUUCCCUUCCUUUACGUGGCCCUCAGAUGACGUCGUGAGCCCCACCUUCAGCAAAACACCGGAAGAAAGACAAACCUCAAUGUUGAUCGCUUGAAGUACCUGCAGCAGCAAUGCACUUUCAAGCCAAACACAUUCUGCGCCUGAAUCACCGCGUCCCCUUUCAGCUCAAGAGGACACUCGGGCGGAAACUGUGGACUGCUUUAGCUGCACAGCAACCUGGACAACCAGCAGCUGGCUGGCAGGCGUCCGCAGACUUUAAGAAGUAUUUCGCCCUGCAGUGUUACAGAAAAUAUGCAUACGACACGGCGUACGGCCGAGCCUUCGCCACAGCCAGAGACAACCCCGAGAAGUUCUGGGGUGAGGUGGGACAGGACAUUAACUGGUUUGAACCGUGGAGUAAAACUUUGCACGUUGAGGAUCCAGUGUUUCCAAACUGGUUUGUUGGUGGGAAGCUGAACAUGUGCUACAAUGCUGUGGAUCGUCAUGUAGAAGGUGGUCGUGGAGAUCAGCCUGCCAUCAUUUAUGACAGCCCAGUGACAGGAACCAAACAGGUCAUCACUUUCAGGGAACUUCAGGACCAGGUUUCCAGGUUAGCAGGAGUGUUGGUGAAGAAUGGGGUACAGAAAGGAGAUAUGGUAGUCAUCUACAUGCCCAUGGUGCCGCAGGCCAUGUUCACCAUGUUGGCCUGUGCACGGAUUGGUGCCCCACACAGCCUUAUCUUUGGCGGUUUUGCUUCCAAAGAGCUUUCCAUCCGCAUAAAUCAUGCCAAGCCCAAGCUGAUGGUCACAGCCUCAUUUGGCAUUGAGCCAGGCAGAAGAGUAGACUACAUCCCUCUGGUGGAGAAAGCCUUGGAGCUUAGCUCUCAUAGGCCCUCUAAAGUCCUCAUCUACAACAGGCCCAACAUGGAGAAAGUAUCAAUGAGUCCGGAGUUGAGUCUGGACUGGGAGGAAGAGAUGGCCACAGCUCAGCCUCAUGACUGUGUUUCAGUUCCCUCCAACCACCCUCUUUACGUCCUCUAUACAUCUGGGACCACAGGAACACCAAAGGGUGUUGUGCGAGACACUGCAGGCUAUGCUGUGAUGCUGAAGUGGACCAUGUCAAAUAUUUAUGGACUCAGUCCUGGAGAUGUUUGGUGGGCAGCGUCAGACCUGGGCUGGGUGGUUGGCCAUUCUUAUAUCUGCUAUGGUCCUCUGCUCCAUGGUAACAGCACAAUUCUUUACGAGGGUAAACCUGUGGGGACCCCAGACCCUGGAGCGUUCUUCCGUGUCCUCUCAGAAAACGGUGCCGCCUCCUUGUUUACUGCACCCACUGCCAUCCGAGCCAUUCGCCAGCAGGACCCGCAUGCUGCUGUUGGGAAAAAAUACCCCCUGUCCAGGUUGCGGUCUUUAUUCCUGGCAGGAGAGCGUUGUGACGUGGAGACGCUGGAGUGGGCAAAGAGGAGCUUUGGUGUUCCUGUCCUGGAUCACUGGUGGCAGACUGAAACCGGCUCAGCCAUCACCUCCUCAUGUAUUGGGCUGGGUAACUCACUAACGCCACCUGCAGGCCAGGCUGGAAAACCUGUUCCAGGCUACAAUGUCACAGUGAUCGAUGAUGACAUGCGGGAGGUGAAGCCAAGAACCCUGGGAAAUAUUGUGGUGAGGCUACCUUUACCACCUGGUGCCGCGUUGUCAUUGUGGCAGAACAACGAUCUGUUCAAGAAGCUCUACUUCACCAAGUUCCCAGGUUACUAUGACACCAUGGACGCAGGCUUUGUGGAUGACGAGGGUUUCCUUUACAUCAUGUCCCGUUCUGAUGAUGUCAUCAACGUGGCCGGCCAUAGGCUGUCUGCUGGAGCGUUGGAGGAGUCGGUGCUGCAGCACCCUGCAGUGGGGGACUGUGCCGUGGUGGGUCUAGAGGACGCUCUGAAGGGUGUUGUUCCCUUGGCCCUGUGUGUACUCAAAAAUGGUGUGCAGAAAAAUGAAGAGGAGAUCAUAAAUGAGAUGGUGAAGCUUGUGAGAGACACCAUUGGACCAGUGGCUGCCUUCAGGAAAGUGCUUUUUGUCCAGGGUUUGCCCAAGACUCGCUCUGGCAAGAUCCCUCGCUCCUCUUUGGCCAACCUAGUCAACGGAAAGCCUUACAAGAUCACCCCAACCAUCGAGGACCCAGGAGUGUUCAAAGACAUCGAGAGGCAGGUCGAAAAAGCCCUGAGAGCUCGUGGAGGCUGAACUCACCUGUUGGACGGCAAACAAAACUGAGGUUGGAUCACGAGCAGCUCUUCCAUCACUGUGAAGUAGAAGUACAUGAACAACAAGUCUUUUUUUCUAAGUCAAAAUGGACACUAACUUUGGAGUUUUAGCUUCUGAUUUUAUAUGAACUGUGCCAAAACCAUGAAGCAGGGUUACCUCCAUUCCAUUGGCAAUAGUGAAAUUAACAAGUUGUUUGUAUGUAAUCUGAAUAAUAAAAAAAAACAACAUGAAAA